AUGGAACAGAUGGAUGUAGAUAUAGGGGACUUGAUGGUGGCUUGGGAUGAGGUUGAAAAAGAGGAAAUUCAGAGCAGUGGAGACCUUCAGAAGGCAACAUCAAUAAGACGAUGGAACAGACGGAUUGUGUCCUACUCAGUACAUGUAUCUGAAGAUUACCCAGAUAAUACAUAUGUGUCAAGUUCAGAAAAUGAUGAAGAUGUACUAGUUACUACAGAGCCAAUUCCAGUAAUUUUUCAUAGAAUAGCAACAGAAUUAAGAAAAACAGAUGACAUUAACUGUUGCUUAUCCAUAAAAUCCAAAUUACAAAAGGAAAAUGGGGAGGAGUCAAGACAGAAUAGUACAGUGGAAGAAGAUUCUGAAGGUGAUAAUGACUCUGAAGAAUUUUAUUAUGGAGGACAGGUGAACUAUGACGGGGAACUGCACAAACACCCACAGUUGGAAGCUGAUUUGUCGGCAGUGAGAGAGAUAUACGGGUCACAUGCAGUUUCUCUCAGGGAAUAUGGAGCCAUUGAUGAUGUAGAUAUUGAUCUGCAUAUUGAUGUUAGCUUUCUUGAUGAGGAGAUUGCUGUGGCGUGGGAAGUAAUUCGAACGGAACCUAUAAUUGUCCGACUGCACUGUUCACUUACACAGUAUUUAAAUGGCCCAGUGCCCACUGUCGAUGUCUUUCAGAUUUCCACAAAAGAGCGGUUUGGAUUGGGACAUCAGCUGAAAAAAAUCAUGCAGACAUUUGUUACACAGCAGUGGAAACAGAGCAAGGAAAAAUCCAAUUGCCUGCACAACAAAAAGUUGUCGGAAAAGAAAGUGAAGUCUCCCCUGCAUUUAUUUUCUACCUUGCGCAGGUCGCCAAGUUAUCCUCCCCCUGGUUGUGGUAAAAGCAAGUCCAAACUGAAGUCUGAGCAAGAUGGAAUCUCCAAAACGCAUAAGCUGCUGCGGAGGACUUGUUCCAGCACGGUCAAGACUGAUGACAUGUGCGCCACUAAGUCGCACAGGACCUUUGGUCGCUCCCUGUCGAGCGAUCCCAGGGCUGAGCAGACAAUGACAACAAUUAAGUCGCACAAACUCUUGAACCGUCCUUGCUCUGCAGCUGUAAAGCAGGAGGACUGCCUCACUCUGAAGUCGCAUAAACUGUUGACUCGAUCUUGUUCUGGAGACCCGCGAUGUGAGCACACCGCCAACUUGAAGCCCCACAAACUCUUAAGCAGGUCUUACUCCAGUAAUCUCAGAAUGGAAGAAUUAUAUGGACUGAAAAAUCACAAACUGCUCAGCAAGUCUUACUCCAGUGCCCCCAAGUCAUCCAAAACUGAGCUUUUCAAGGAACCUAAUGCAGAGGGCAGGAGGCUCUCUCUUACCUCAGGGCUUAUCGGUAUCUUAACACCAUCUUCCUCUUCAUCUUCCCAGCCUGCUGUGCGUAAAUAUUUUCAUUUUGAGUUCUUAAAUCCUACUGUGUGUGAACGAGAGCUGUGUGUAUUUGCUUUUCAAACCCUGGGAGUAAUGAAUGAAGCUGCCGAUGAAAUAGCAACCGGAGCUCAGGUGGUGGAUCUACUAGUAUCCAUGUGCAGGUCUGCAUUGGAAUCUCCUAGAAAAGUUGUCAUUUUCGAGCCAUAUCCUUCUGUGGUAGAUCCUAAUGAUCCUCAGAUGCUGGCCUUCAACCCCAGGAAGAAGAACUAUGAUCGAGUAAUGAAAGCACUGGAUAGCAUAACUUCUAUCAGAGAAAUGACACAAGCACCAUAUCUGGAAAUCAAGAAGCAGAUGGAUAAACAGGACCCUCUUGCUCAUCCCUUACUGCAAUGGGUUAUUUCAAGUAAUAGGUCCCAUAUUGUGAAACUGCCAGUUAACAGGCAAUUGAAGUUUAUGCAUACUCCACAUCAAUUCCUUCUUCUCAGCAGUCCACCAGCCAAAGAAUCCAAUUUUAGAGCUGCUAAAAAACUCUUUGGAAGCACCUUUGCAUUUCACUCCACGGUGCAAUGUAUGGAAGUGGAAUCUAUCUUAGUCCAAUGUCAAGCAUAUCGUUUGGUUACUCAGUCACAGAAGAAAGGACAGCAAUCCCAGUUCCUGCAAAGCCGUAACUUAAAAUGCAUAGCCUUAUGUGAAGUGAUCACCUCACCUGACCUGCACAAACACGGAGAGAUAUGGGUUGUCCCAAAUACGGAUCAUGUCUGCACACGAUUCUUUUUUGUCUAUGAAGAUGGCCAAGUUGGAGAUGCAAAUAUUAACACACAAGAAGGAGGCAUUCACAAAGAGAUCCUCCGAGUAAUUGGUAAUCAAACUGCUACUGGUUAAAGGACCACCAUUUGAUUAACACAAUUUGAAGCCUUCCUCGGGUUCAAAGCUGGAUUUUGAACUGAAGAAGAUGAUAAAAUAAUUUAUUGUUAUUAUAAACAAAAUUAACCCUUUGAAUACUGAUUUUUUUUUCCUAGUAUUUCUAAGUAUCUUAUUAAAAUACCUAAAAUGGUAUAAAAUUUAUCAAUUGUAGGGUUAUGGAAUCUAGUAAUAAAAUUACAACAGCACUUAAACUGAAGUUUGGGUUGCUCACACAAUAAACAAAUUGAAAAAACAGUUUUGUGCUGAUAUUUUUAUACUAAACUCUUUGAUUGGACAUUUGGUAUUAUAUACCGACAUUUUAGGUUUCCAAAAUAGAAUUGAGAACAUUUUAUAAUGGCAUCUAAAUCUGUCAGAUAUUUUGCAAUAAGUAUAAUGCUUGCACAUUCUGAUGUGCUAUAUAAUUAGUGGUAUGAACAUUUGAAUGUUUUAGGAAGGAUGUUGUUCCCUAUUCUUCUAUUUUUUCCUUCUACAAAAACAAUUAGGUCUUAGCGGUUCUUUGCCCAGAAGUAUGUAAUACACGUAUUACAGAUUUAUGGAUCAAAUUUGUGGUUGUGUAUAUAUGUGUGUAUAUUCACACAUAUGUAUUUUGAUAGAGACGGUGUGGGCCCCAAUUCUAUCAUUCAGUGAUAGAAAGAUAAUAUUCAGUAAGCAGUAAAUCUGGACAUAAACCAAGAUAUGAGCCAAAUUUACCACCACUCAUUCACUGAAAAUAUCUGUAGACAAACCUUCUGUUUGUUUAAAGAAAUGUCCUGUUGGUUAAAAUUCAUCUCUUUUGAAAUGUUGCCUAAAAGUCAUAAUUUGGGGAACAUAGAUGCCCCUUGGUACACUGAAUCAACAUUCAAUUGAACGUAUGUUUAAAGAAAGGCCUCAGAACUUAAAGAAGCAGUAUAUUUUUUUUAUUUUCUACAGUGGAACAUUUAAAAAAUUUAUUUAUACCACACCAGCAUUUUUAUAUUUGUUCAUCUAAUACCUCUGUUUAUUUUUUCAUAUUGAGAAAGAAGACAAACUCUGAAGCUUCUUUUAUAUUAAAAGACCACAAACACAUUUAUAGAGAACGAUAUACACCAGCUCUCAUCAUUUCCCUUUUAAGAGUUAUGUGCUCAUCAAAAUCAUUUCUAUUUUUUCGAGUCCUAGAGUUCUUAUUUCAAGUUUUAAUUGAUAGUGUUUAUUUUCCUAUGUGAUGUCUUUGGAAUAAGGCCAUUCAUAAAAACAGUUUAAUUAAUGAGUCUGCCAUUCUAUUCAAACCCUGAAUCAAGGCUCAUAUCUGAUUUAAAUAUCUGUCGAAAUAAAAAAUAAAAAUGUACAGUCAUUUGCAAGCCUAA